AUGCCACGGGUGGUCCCGGAUCAGAGGAGCAAGUUCGAGAAUGAGGAAUUCUUCAGGAAACUAAGUCGGGAGUGCGAGAUUAAAUAUACCGGAUUCCGAGACAGACCGCACGAGGAGAGACAAGCCAGGUUUCAGAACGCUUGUCGGGACGGCCGUUCAGAAGUAGCUUUUGUGGCGACGGGCACCAACCUCUCCCUGCAGUUCUUCCCAGCCAACCUGCACGGGGAGCAGAGGCAGGCGCCCACCCGAGAGUACGUCGACUUUGAGCGGGAGACGGGAAAGGUGUAUCUGAAGGCUCCUAUGAUACUGAAUGGAGUGUGUGUUAUUUGGAGAGGCUGGAUUGACCUGCAGCGCCUGGACGGAAUGGGCUUCCUGGAAUAUGAUGAUGAAAGAGCCCAGCAUGAGGAUGCUCUUGCUCAGGCAGCCUUUGAGGAGGCGCGUAGGAGAACCCGGGACUUUGAGGACAGAGAUCGUUCACACCGCGAGGAUCUGGAGUCCAGGCGACAGCAGGACCCCAGCCCUGGCUCCAACAUGGGCAACGCUGAUGAUCACAAGAUGCGCUAA